AUCGAGGACUGAUGGCAGAUUGCAGUUAAUUGAAAAAGAUAUCGAGCACAUGGCGAAAGAGGAACUCCAAAAACAGCUGAUGGAGCAAAUGGAGCUUAGGAAGAAAAUGGAACGGGAGUUUCAAAACCUGAAAGAUAAUUUUCAGGACCAGAUGAAGAGGGAGCUAUCUUAUCGAGAGGAGAUGGUGCAGCAGCUGCAAAUAGUCAGAGCUCACGACGCUCUACACCACUUCUCCUGCAAGAUGCUCACUCCACGCCACUGCACAGGGACGUGCACAUUUAAACCGCCUCUACUGCCACCUUAAUCUGAAUCCCCACACUGGAGGACUACAAUGGAUUCUACACACAUGAAAACCAAAAGACCUCUUCAAUACAUGUUAAAAGCACUGAACUUUCCAAGGACUGAAAAUGUGCGACCUUCUCAAAAGAUCUAAUGGCAUCUCUUGAGUUCUGCUAAAAACAGACCUGAAAUGGACAUGGAUGUUUCUUCUCUGAAUCGAGCAAGCCAGCAGAACAAUGAGAUGAGAGUGGAAUUGUUCUAAAUAUAUGUACAAUAGAAUACUAAUAUGAACUCGUUCAAAGCUUUUCUCUUUUUUUUUUCUUCCUUAAAAAGCCACGAAUACAUAAAGUGGCACUGUGCAAUGAAUUGUGAAAUCUCACAGCAUUCUUAAAUGGUCACUACUUGUGUGUUUUUAUGUUGUAUUUAUUCCAAAUUGAUUCACUGAUGUGUUCUCCCAAAUGGAUUGUAUCUGUAUAAGCACUUUAAAUGAGAAAUGAUAAAGACCUACCUGUUCCAAAUUGAAUCUACCUUAAAUUAAAGAUGUUUACCAUGUUUGUGUAUACAGAAUAAAUCUGACCACGCAUUUAGUCCACCUUUCCCAGACACAUAGCUCAGA